UUGAUGUUUGCCGGCUGCUGCUUGUGUUGACUGCUAGCAGGAUGAAGGUGUUGGUGACCGGAGGGUCCGGCCUGGUGGGGAAAGCCAUCCAGCAUGUGGUCAGAGAAGAGAACGGAGCCAAGGAGGGAGAGGAGUGGAUAUUUCUCUCUUCUAAGGAUGCCAACCUCAUGGACAUGGGGGAGACACGGGCAGUGUUCGAGAAACAUCGACCCACCCACGUCAUCCACCUGGCUGCUAUGGUUGGGGGGCUUUUCAAGAACAUGAAGUUCAACCUGGACUUUUGGAGAAACAACGUCUACAUCAAUGAUAACGUGCUGCAGGCGGCGCACGAAGUGGGCACAGUCAAAGUGGUCUCCUGCUUAUCCACCUGCAUCUUCCCGGAUAAAACCACCUAUCCCAUUGACGAGACCAUGAUCCAUAAUGGUCCCCCGCAUGAGUCCAACUUCGGCUACGCCUAUGCAAAGAGGAUGAUUGAUGUCCAUAACAGGGCUUACUUCCAGCAGUAUGGACGCUGCUUCACAGCUGUGAUCCCCACAAACGUGUUUGGCCCCCACGACAACUUCAGCAUCGAGGACGGUCACGUGUUGCCGGGCCUCAUACACAAAGCAUACCUUGCACAAAAGGAGGGGAAGCCCCUGACGGUGUGGGGCUCCGGCAUUCCCAGACGGCAGUUCAUUUACUCUCUGGAUCUGGCCCGUCUCUUCCUUUGGGUCCUGAGAGAGUAUUCAGAGGUCGAGCCAAUCAUUCUGUCCGUCGGGGAGGAAGAUGAGGUGUCCAUCAGAGAGGCAGCAGAGGCAGUCGUCGAAGGUUUGGGCUUCAAAGGAGAAGUAGUCUACGACACCAGUAAAGCAGAUGGACAGUUCAAGAAGACGGCCAGCAAUGCAAAGCUGCGCAAGUACCAGCCAGACUUCAAGUUCACGCCCUUCAAACAAGCUUUAAAGGAAACCUGUACUUGGUUUGUGGACAACUAUGACACUGCGCGCAAGUGAGGACUCCCUCAAGUGAGCCAGCAUCCGGACUCUCAGUCGAUCACUUUUUAUUCUGUUGGAUUUUGGGUCUUCGGUUGUGAUUGAGGGUAAAAAAGAAAAGAACGGUUUAUCUGCACAGAGAAAGGCGGCCGCCUUAUCCUCACCGUUGUUCCUCACUGAGCAGAACAGUAACAUGUCACUUUGAGUGCAGUCUGCAGCUCUGCGCCGUCGCCGUUUCUUUUUUUUCUUUCACACCUGUUUCACACCUAUAGUUUCAGGAAAUCUCCUCUCUAGACCAGGGCGGUGUGGUCUGCCACCUGUGUGCGUCCGUCGUUUGACUGUUUCAGUCUGGGAAAUCAGCUUUAAGGUUCAGUAAGCAUAAAUCUCCUGCUGUUUGUGAUGGUGUUACUUGAAAUACCCUUCAUUAUUUAAGGGUGUACUUGUGGUGACUCGGUCUUGAUUCACUUUAUUAUUCAAAAGGGUGAGGUUUGAGUUUGGGGCUUUCAGUGAUUUUUUUUUUUACUUGUCACUGAGCAAAAUAAAUAUUUUCUACCA